AUGGCAACCGAAACGCCGGACCUAAACGCAAGCCGCGAAGCAGACUACAAGCGGUUCAAGAACUAUGCCGCGUACACAUUCCUGAUCGGCGCGCCCAUCCUCAUCGCCCUCCCACCACGCAAACUCGACCCUCUCACGGUGCUAGUGCUCUGCUCCUUCGGCGCCUCCGCCAACCACCUCGUGCACGAGCGCACAGGCCGCAGCAUCGUCGACCGCAUCGACGCGCGCAUCUCCCGCGUCCAGGACACCUUCUCGGCGCUGCCGAGCGAGCGCGCGCAGGAAGUGCAGGACCGGCUCCGCGCUGCGCGGGAUGCGCAGAUCCGCCAGGCUCAGGAUGAGCAGUUGCAGGCGAAGAUCCAGGCGUUGUCGGAUAGACAGGAUCCGUCGGUGAUGGAGGAGAUUGAGAAGUUGAAGGCGAGACAGGUGCAGGAGAGAGGCGUUGUGCAGCGGGUUUGGAUGGGUGGGGAGUCUGAGGGGUGGAAGGAGAGGAGGUUACGGGAGGAGCAGAAGGCUCUGGCGGAGGGGAAGGGAUAUGCGGAUUUGAUUCAGGAGCAUAUUUGGGAUGUUUGGACUUGGGGUGGGAAGGAUGGGAAGGGUGCAGAGGGGGUUAAGGAAGAGGUUGUGGUGGAUGAGGCUGUUUCUGAGAAGAAGGAUUGA